CAACACUAAGUUUGCCGCCAUUUUGUACCUUAAAACUGAAAUUUCGCCAGAACUUGAAUAGAAUUACAAUUAUUCUUACAAUUAAACAAAUUGUAAUCCAAAACUAAAUGAGCAAUGGGUAGUAACCAAGAUUGGAACAAGGAAGACUCCAAAACUGAGGUCCCACCUGAGGAAGAUGACCAAGUGACUGCAUACAUUGAGAAAUCUGUGGCCCAAUUGUGCUCCGAAAAUGGUCACCGUACCGCGCUGGUUGAUGAAAAGAAGAAGGUGUUGGAUGUCCUGAUCGCCGAGAAGUACACCACUUUGAACGACUUGAUCCACGUCCCCAAUCCCCAGAAUCUUGUGGAUGACAUCAACUUUCUGCAUACCAAGAACGGAAAGAUCCUGGAGAGCCUCAAUCAGGCGGUCACCGCCAAGAGAAACGUCCCCCAGGCCUACGAUGCCCAUUGCAAGAAGGCCCUCAAGGACAAAGUCGAGAUGCAGCAGCGGAACCAAUGCUUCGAUGAGUUUACCGUGAUGAACCACCACGAUCUAAAGAAGACCAUACUUAACACUAAGAAAGAAACGCAAGAAAUUCGCGCUAAGACGGCUCUAAAGACCGAGGAGCUCAAAAAGAAGCGAGAACAUAUUAACACCACCCAGGAGUCAAUUGCUAAUGAUAUCCGUGUUCUAGGUCAGAUCGAACAUGAGCUCAUUGAAAUGAUCGAUGACCUAAAAUCCAAAAUUUUUUCACUUCAAGUCCAGGAAAACAAAUAACAUUUGAACAAGUCCACAAGUCCACAAGUCCAUUGGAAAAUAAGGUCCCAAAUAAUACCUCAUCUUCCUAAAAGACAUUGCUUCGUUUUCUAA